GAGCAGUAAAUAAAGGUUGUAUCUUCACUUGUGAAGCCCCAUGAACCCAGUGAACAACCCAUGUCCUUUCAAAUUCAAGAAGCUCUCUUUUUCAUUUUCUUUUUGAUGCCUCGAGAGAGAGAAGAGAGAGAGAGAGAGAUGAAAAUUCUGUCUUUGGCUGCUUCUCUAGCUGUCAUCUUCUGAUUGCAGUGAGAGAAAAUUUAAGGGGUAUCGAGUUGCCAGGUGGGGCGUUGGAUUGUCCGUGCAGGGGGCCAUUAAAACCAAAUGUGGUUCCAAGUAGCUUUCAAGAUUUCCAUGAGAUGCGCAAUGGAGUCUUCGCCCCAAGCGUUUGAAGGUUCGGAGGAAUGUCUGAGCAGCGAGUCUGGGUGGACGAUGUAUAUCGGGUCUCCAAUGCAAGAAGAUGAUGAAGGCGCUGGCGACGAAAAAGGCACUACUCAUAAUGAAGAUGAUGAUGAUGAACGAGAUGGAGGUGAUAAAGGUGAUAAAGAUGGCGGCGAUGGUGAAGCUGAGAGCGAUGAUUCAAUGGCCUCCGACGCAUCUUCACGUCCGAGUUAUAGAGGAUGCGUCGCCACCAAAAAUGGCGGGUCGUGUGCUGCUAAAAAGGGCAAGUCCAAGAAUGGUCACAAGGAGGAAGACGACGACGACGACGACGACGAUGAUCUCAAGCAAAGAGCUGAUGGCACUAAUCCUUCUCCCAGUAAAGGCAAGGUGAGCAAGAGCUUGAGGAUGAAGAAAAGGAAGUAAAUACAUGUGUUUUCUUUGGUUCUGCACUAGAAAUCAUCGUAGCUUUUUGGGGAUGAAGAGGAGAAAAUGUUUCUUUCUUUCUCACUGAUAUGAGAUAGGGGGUUCUUAGCUAAUUGUCAAUGGGGAUAUGCCUUUUUUGCUCCUUUCUUGAAUCUUAAGUAGUGUAAGAGCUCGAUCCAAAGUUGUAUGAUGUUGUUGAAAGGUACGAAAAGAUUGCAAAUAUCUAAAGAAAGAGCUUCCGUAAUGUCCAACUUUAUAAAAGCGCAUCGUGCAGCACGGCGUCUGGAUUAUCGAUGCAAGCAUUUGCAACUGUAUUC